GGAGGGAGUGGGACAGAUUCUGGGAGUGCAGUGGGGAGGAGUCCUGGCUCGGCUGAGCAGGAGCUGCUUGCUUGCCAGAGCCCAGGCCUCAGAGCCCUGCUGUAGGAGGUGGACACAGAGGAGGCAGGCCCAGAGCGGUGCUGAGGCAGUGAGAUGGCUGAGUGCUACACGGAGCUGGAGAAGGCAGUGGUCGUUCUGGUGGAGAACUUCUACAAAUACGUAUCCAAGCACAGCCUGGUCAAGAACAAGAUCAGCAAGAGCAGCUUCCGCAAGAUGCUCCAGAGAGAGCUGAACCACAUGCUGACGGACACAGGGAACCGAAAGGCAGCUGACAAGCUCAUCCAGAACCUGGAUGCCAACCAUGACGGGCGCAUCUGUUUUGAUGAAUACUGGACCAUGAUAGGUGGCAUCACCAGCCCCAUGGCCAACCUCAUCCGCCAGCAGGAGUGCCAGCAGGAGCAGCAGGGCAGCAGCUAGAGGCCCCUCUCAGGCCCCUUUUCAUGUCCUGACUUAUGUCCUGCCAGUAUCCUUCCCACGCUUUUUGUUGACUCUUCCCUUCCUCCUCCAGACCUGCUUUCACCCUUGCUGACAGCACAAGGAGUGGGGCCAUCAAGGCCUCUUUGUGAGUGUCUCAUUGCGGUAGCGCUUUCCUGAGCAUUCAGUCCUGGGAGCCUGCAGGCCCUGAGAGUCCCCUUUGUGAAAUAUCGAUGCUGUUUGGGGACCCCCAGAGUGACUUCAUUUCUUGAGUCUGUGUACUCUUGCAGUGUGGGAUAUUCCUGUCUGAUUACUGCCUGAUUCUGGGUCUGUCCUGGCCUCUAGAGCUCAGCGUGCUGCUGGAGGUUUCCCAGCCCCUGGCUGUGGCGGCUGUGGAAGUGGUCAUAACCAUUAUUAUCCUCUUCUCUUCCCCCCAACCUCUUAACUGGGUGGAGAGGUGUUCCCAGGGGCUCCUGUCCAGCCGUCUCUGUCUGGAAAUGACCUAACCUGGGUUGAGCCUCCUCUCUGCUCUGUCACUGGAAUAAAUGCUGGAUUUAGAGUUUGUAA